GUCGAGUCGGUCCUCUUCUACGCCAUCACCACCCUGCACAACCUGCUGCUCUACCAGGAAGGGGCCAAGAUGGCAGUGCGCCUGGCCGACGGCCUGCAGAAGAUGGUUCCUCUGCUCAACAAGAACAACCCCAAGUUCCUGGCCAUCACCACCGACUGCCUUCAGCUCCUCGCCUAUGGCAACCAGGAGAGCAAGCUGAUAAUUCUGGCCAACGGAGGCCCCCAGGCCCUGGUGCAGAUCAUGCGCAGCUACAACUACGAGAAGCUGCUCUGGACCACGAGCCGCGUGCUGAAGGUGCUGUCGGUGUGUCCCAGCAACAAGCCCGCUAUCGUUGAGGCUGGCGGCAUGCAGGCGCUGGGCAAGCACCUGACCAGCUCCAGCCCCAGGCUGGUCCAGAACUGCCUCUGGACCCUGCGGAACCUGUCUGAUGUGGCCACCAAGCAG